GUCUUGUGAGGUGCUCGUAGGCUCAUCGGAGACUCGGAGCUAGCUGGAAGGACUUUAGAUCAACCCCUCAUUUUACAGAGACAAUCUGAGGCCCAGAGAAGUCAGCAAGGUUCCAGCCCAGGCCACCCUAUCCCCACCCCCCAAUGUGGAUGACGCAGUCUGCCCGGAAAGGGAAGUUAAGGGAGGGAGUGGGGCCCUGAACAAGACGGCAGGACCAGCUUCAGGCCCCACCCUUCCCCAUGUGGCUCCACCUCCCACUCUGGGGGGCCACACUCCUCUCCUGGGCCUUGGGAACCGCCCCCGUCUCCAGGCACUGCGGCUUUCUGGAGUACUGGGACUUCAAACGCGGAUGCUGCAGGCGGUGUCUAGAGCGCUUCGGCCCGCCAACCUGCCCAGAUUACGAGUUCACCCGCCAUUGUGGCCUCAGCGACCGCGGGGACCUCAUGGAUUUCCCAUUUGCUCGAUGCCCACCGGGGCUAUGCAACAGGGACAGGGCUGAGCAGUGCAGUCGGUGCCUGGACCUUCCUCAGCCCCCAUCUCUGCCCCAUCCCAACCCCCAGCAGCCCGAGCCAGUCGCUCCUGAACCCUCUGUCCCCUGGAAUCGGUGCGAUUGGGAAAAUGUAGCAAUACCCACAAAAUCCUCAUCUUCUGCAAACCCCCGAGGCCCAGGACCAAGUGAUGGGCCUCCUACAUCCCCCAGACCCUGGGUGCCUCAACAACCCUUUGCAGGGAGCAUGGCCUGGUACGUGGUGGGCAUUACCGCCCUUCUGGUGGGAGGCCUGCUUGUUUCAGCUGCCUUACAGACAUUGUUGGGGAGGGCUGAAAACGAGGAGAAGGUGGCAGAAGCUGGGGAAGCCUGCAAGUUCUUCCCCCUAACUGAGGAGCCUGUGCCCCCCACCUUGGCACACCAGCCCCUCUCACGACUUCUGGAUGAGCUAGAGGUGUUGGAGGAGCUGGUUGUCCUGCUGGACCCUGAACCGGGGCCCCGUGGGGGCUCUGCGUGGGGAACCACCCGCCACCUGGCUGCCUGUUAUGGUCUCCCAGCCUCCUGGGCCACCUUUGCCUACUCCCUGCGGCCUGCACACUCCCCACUUCGUGCCCUGCUGGAAACGGUGACAGCUCAGAAUCCCACUGCCCAGCUGGGCCAGCUGGCUGACCACCUGAGCCACCUGGGGCGUGGUGAUGCACUGGGAGUGCUGCAUAAGCUCAGGUGAAGGCUGCCAGGCCAGCAGCUCCCCCCCCAGCUCCCUCAGUCCCCGUCUCCCCCCAUACUUCGGUCUGCACACCCUGCUCAGCCCUGCUUGCCGUGAUUGUAACAAGAAAUAAAUCAUGCUGCCUCUGCA